CACCAUCAACGCCAAUGCCAACGACACAGGGGCCAACACAAUCUCCCUUCUUUGGCUGUGGAGGAAUGUUGAAUGGCACUUCAGGAACGUUUGGAACUCCAGGAUAUUCCGUGCAGUAUAAAUACGACAACAACCUGGACUGCGCAUGGACUUUGCUAAUUCCUUCUGAUGGGAAUCUAACUCUUACCUUCGUUGUGUUCGAUACGGAGCAGUGUUGUGAUUUCGUUCGCUUGACAGACGGUGAUGGUCAAACAAUAGCAUCGUUAAGCGGCCUUAAGCAGAAUUACGAAGUUGCAGUGAAUGGAAACACAACUCCUUUGGUAACAGUGACUUUUACUUCUGACUCGUCUGUCAGACUGAGAGGAUUCCUGGCUCAGUACCACAUAGACCUACCUCCACCAAGCUCGUCUGUUAUGAGUUCCAGCCCGAUGGUUCCUUUGACCACAUCAGUCACAAUAACAUCAUCACUGAGUUCUCCAAUUCUUUCCGAAAUGAAUCAUCGUUCUACUCUGUCUACGAAAAAAACAGUAUCACCAGCAAUGAGUUCUCCAGUACUUUCAGUAUCCAGUUUCUCCUUUUACCAGUCCACUCCAGCCGUAGAAAUAUCGACUUUGAGUACCCCUGCACCUUCAGCGCUGAGUUCCUUCUUGAACCAAUCUACGCCAUUUACAGAGAUAUCAACACUGAGUUCACCGAUACUUCCAAUGUUCAGUUCCUCUCAAAAUCUAUCCAUGUCAGUAACAGCACUCCCAACAUUGAGUUCCAAUGCACCUUCAAUACUGAGUUCUGCUAGCUUAGAGUCGACGCUAGUCACAGAAUUACCAACAUUAAGUUCUGCUCCUUUUACCACAGUGAAACCAUCUAGUGCCGCGUUAGCACCCGUGACAUCUUCUUUUGUUGCUCCAAUUGUGACUUUAACACCUGACGUACAGACAAUGCUUGUUAAUCUACUCUCGUCUGUGAGUCAAAUAAUUUUGAGGAGGAAACGCUGGUCAUUUUGAAGCAAAUAGAGAACCUACUAACCGGCCCCACUACAGCCCCAACCAGUAACAGGCAUAUUGUCAAGCGAGACAUACGGGAAUUUCCGGAUACACAAGAAUUGCUGGAACUACUAAACAAAGUUCACCAAAAAUUAUUGGGUUAAAGUUACAUCUCGAUGAAUUUGUGAAGCUCAGAAUAGCUGGUUUUCUAUCGCUUAUGAAACGAAGAAAUCCUUCAUUUAGGGCCACUCACAAGGGAACUUUUCAUAGAAUUUUGGAAAAUGCACUGUGUGCUUUUGAGUCUUUUGAGGAAUCAUAAGUGUUCGUUUGUCGACUCUCGACUUAAUAAUACAUUUUUCACGUUUUAUUUGCUGGUAGUUUCACAAUGCAUUAGAUUUCCCAAAUAAAUUGGCUGAACCCGAGUUCCAGUUCUGACUGAAAACUCUUCUGAUUGCGAUUUGUAUAUAAUGCAAUAUUUUUUUCGGUUUGGCCGAUGCUUUUUCAUGUGAGGCCAAGCAAAAAAAAAAGGAAUUGUAGGUAAUAUUGAGAAUGAUAAUAUUGAUGACACGUAGUAAAGCUAAGUGGGUUCUGAAUCAUUGCUCCAAGUAUGCUGGCCAUUGAAAUUUAUAUCUAGACUAUAUUCUCUAAUUUAGGGCUACAGAUCAUGAUUUUUAACAUGAUUUUCGUAUUUAGGAGAGUUUUUUCACGGUCAUCCUGAUAAUACAGCAUAAUAUAUGAUGUUGGCCUUAUCUAAAUUACAAACAGAAUAAAACUGUUAAAACGAGGGGGCAUAUUUAAAUGUAAAGAGGUGAAAGGUGAAAAGGAAUACUACCUCGAGAAGGAAUUGAAAGAUCUAAGGAAUAACUGAAGAUUCUCAAGUCCUUCUUGAUCAAACUUCGAUGAGACAUGAUUGCAAAAUAAUCAACAAACUAGUCUAAGACUUUGAGGCAUGGAGGAGGAAGAGAUUAGGAUAGAAUAGAGAUACAGAUAGAAAUAGAAUGAGACAGGAUAGAAGAGGGAGAGCUAAACCAAAAACUUUCCAGACUAGUUAACUGAUUAAUUUCUUUAGACUUGCGCACAGAAAAGUAACCCAGCAUUACAGAUGCUUUGAUAACAUUUGUACAAAUUAAGCCAGGAUUUUAGUCAUUGUAUGGCGUUUCUGUAUUGUGUAUUAGUUAUGAUACAUAAAUAAAAGGUGGCAGAUAUAUGAGCAACCACGAGAAGAGUUGCAAGGGAUAAACUUGCAAAACGCAAAGAAAAAGAAAGCAAACAACGCCUUCUAGAUAGGCUAGUAGUGCCUCAAUUCUACCGCUAACUACGUGCUGUCCUUAGGAAACAGUUUGUACGUUCGUUAAAACGAUAUCAGUCACCACUUAAUAAUCACAAAUGAACACAAAUAUUGUAUAAUCGUGUUAUCUGAUAAAUGAUAUCAGCUGGAACAUUGCACGGAAAUAUGUUAAGUAUUUUGAGAAUUGUUAUCCCGGUUUCAAUAAAGG